CAUUGGUACCCCGUGUCUGAUCUGAGCAUUGAUUAUACUUUGCUAUUGCAUAUACAGCAUGCUGUUGGGUCUUUGGCAUAAGUUUAUUCAACUUCUCUGGACACAGAUCUCUUUUUUGAUAGCUGGUGAGAAAAGGGACUUCCAUUGUGCAGGGGUAGUGAUAUGUUCUGUAGUGAUGCACGGGUGGCUAAAAAUCCUGGAAGAUAAUAUAAAGUUCUGGGCAGCCCCUUGUUCCGUUUAUCCACCAAAUGGAAAAAUCCUCCCUAUGCUUUGCUCUGUUUUCCUCUUAGAUCCAGUCCCACACUCCUCUCCCCACUCCGCUGUGGUCAGGCUGCUCGCUGAGGAUGUGCCUUCAUUUAUUUAUUUAUUUAUUUAAGAUUUAUUUAUUUAUUUGAGAGGCAGAGUUACAGAUAGAAAGAAGCAGGGACAAGGAGAGAAAGGUCUUCUGUCUGUUGGUUCACUCCCCAAAUGGCUGCAAUGGCCAGAGCAGGGCCAGUGCAAAGCCAGGAGCUUCUUCCUGGUCUUCCAUGCAGGUGCAGGGCCCAAGACUUGUGCUAUCUUUCACUGCUUUCCCAGGCCAUAGCAGAGAGCUGGAUCAGAAGAACAGCUGGGACUUGAACCUGUGCCCAUAUGGGAUGCAGACACCACAGGUGGAGGCUUAGCCUACUGUGCCACAGCACCAGCCCCGAGGAUGUGCCUUCUGAAAGAAGGAAACCGUUUGUGGUGUGCAUUCCCCGCUCCCUAGAGCUACCUGUUAGACCAUGGCCUGGACACAUGUGGCAGAUCUCUGCACUUUUCAAAGAUGCAAACCUGAGCCAUUUGGCGUUUGACCCUGUCCGUUCGUUUUAAGUGGCAUGUGGUAGACUUGCCCACAGAUGUCAGUCGACCAGCAUACUUUGAACAGAAUAAUAAUAACUUUCACAUCUGGUCCCCUUUUCAUCUAGGGAUCUUAAAACCCCAAGUGCAUAUUAAUUAAACCUCACAUCUCUGGAAGGUAGGGAGGCAUGGAGGCAGUCACUUUAAUCACCACUGCAAAGGACGUGGAGGGACAGCCCCUGGGCCCAACUCAGUAACAAGCAUUUUGCUCCGAAAUGCCUUUCAUCUAGCAUCUUAAAAAUGCCACAAGUAUUACCUGGUGGGAAGUGCAUUAUCAUACACAUCUGUAGGGAGUGGGAAAUAACCCUGGGAUACUAGGCCUGCUAGCUUUUCAGUAUUGGCCUCUGGGGGACUUCAUGCAGUUCUUGGGUUCUUUCUGCUUCAUGCACAUUAUCUGGAGUCUAAUGGUGUGGACUGGAGCCUGGUGCAGUUGCCAGUAAGGCUGUUUGGUUUUCUGUGCAUCUUUGUUUGCUGUGCAGAUGGGCAGGAUGUUCCUUUUCAGACUUCUGCUGUUUUCCAAUCUGCUAAUAGAUAAUUCUCAAUGGCCUGGGAUGCUCUCCCUCCAGAAGGGCUCCCAAAUGAAUUGACAUGACAAAAAAGCGGUAGAGAGCCUGUCUUUCUCCAGAGGAAAGAGUUCAGUCCUGGCUCCGGAGGCCUUUGAGCUCACCAGUAAGAAAACUGCAACACAGCCACAGCAAAAGUAGAAAAUUGUGUGAUCUUGUCUUUAAUAGGCCGAUAAUCCAGCUUCUUGCCUGUGAGAGGGGAGUUAGGGAUCUGGCUCUUAAUAAGAUCAGGUAUUUAUGUGCACAAGGUUUUGGCAUUAGGGUGGUUGUGGUUUCCAAAUGAGUGGGCUUCUUUGAUUUUAAAUAGGAAGUUUUUUGCUCUGUAUUUAAAAAAAUUCCUAAAUGCCAGUGUAAAGUAUGUUUCUGAUUUUUCAACAUAAUAUUGCCAUUAUGGAAAUAAAGAAUAAAGUAGAAAAAUACUGAAAAGUGUGGGCUCUUUAAAGCUCCCUCCAUGUGGCACCUCCAACCUCUGGAUUCCUGGUUUCUUUCCCACUUUAUGAAAGUUACAAACAUAUCUGUGCUUCUGCAGAUACAAGGUGAAUGUUUAUAUAUUGUUUUAUUUAAUUUUUCUAAAAUGACUUAUUUAAAAGGGAGAGAGAGAAAGAGAAAAUCUUCCAUUUAAAGGUUCACUUCCCAAGGGGCUUUAAUAGCCAGGGCUGGGCCAGGCCAAAGCCAGAAGCCAGAAGCCAGGAACUCCAUUCAGUUCUCUCAUCCUCUUAUAUCUCCCUGGUUCAUUAACAGGAAGUCAGAUUGGAAGCACAGCGGCUUGGACUGAAGCUGGUACUCCAGCAGGCUUGCGCCACAACUCCUGUCCCUGUUUAUAUUGUUUUAAGUGAAGGCCCUUCCAAAUAAACUCUAAAAGCAUACCCUAUGAUGCUGUAUACUUCCAUGAUUCUUUCUUAAUAGUAACAAACUGUUAACAAAAACUCUUCUUAUUCUUUUUUUAGAUUUAUUUAUUUACUUGAGAGUUACAGACAGAGAGAGGGAGAGACAGAGAGAAAGGUCUUCCAUCUGCUGAUUCACUCUCCAAAUGGCCACAGUAGCUGGAGCUGAGAUGAUCCAAAGUCAGGAGUCAGGAGCUUCUUCGAGGUCUCCCAUGUGGGUGCAGGGGUCCAAGCACUUGGACCAUCUUCUGCUGCUUUUCCAGGUGCAUUAGCAGGGAGCUGGACUGGAAGAGGAGCAGCCAGGACUCCAACCCAUAUGGGAUGCUGGCACUGCAGGUGGAGGGUUAGCCCACUAUGCCAUAGUGCCAGCCCCAAAAUCUCUUCUUCCACUGCAUUGUUGUAGUGUUGCUGUGCUUGUUUGCCUCGGUGGAACAGAAGGUGUGCUGUUAUGGGAUAGGUAUUCACCAUUUCCUUGUGCUGUGAUGACCUUUGUUAGUGGUGACAUUAUCAGACUGUUACUUAAGUAGGUCAAUAAUUAGGGCAAAGAAAUGACUUAGAAAUCACUUUGUGGUUUAGAAUUGAAAUAAAGCAAAGUCUUUGUCUCCAGCAAGAACAGUGUGUUUUCUAGUUGGGCCUUUGAGCCCCUUUGCUGGUGACCCUGUGGAUGGAACCCUGGAAUUCUGAGCUUUGUGACAGCUCUCCCAAAGUGCCGGCAGAGGAGGAAGCCUCAGAGCAGCUCCGCCACUCACCACUGUGUGGCCUUGGGCAAGUCACCGAAACUCCCUGUGCUUCAGAUCCUGCCUGGGGAUAAGUUCUUUCCUGCUAGCAUUGCUGGGAAAAUGAAAAUAUUUCUCCAGCACCUGACUCAGAGUUUUCAGCGCAUUAUCCCAGAUGAGACUGUGAUGGCCAUCCCGGGGAGCAGGUGCUGACACACUCCCCAGCCCUCGCCACAGACACCUGCCGCCUUCCCAUCUUAAUAUCUAAAUGCCACAGUGCUCCUGGGGCAAGUUGGGCUGGGGACCACUGUUGCCUUCUAAGGAUGUUAACACAGGUGAGGGCAGUGAGUUUGCAGACAGUGGGAUUGAAGGGGCCACCACCGACACGGACCUCCUGUCCAGGCGCUCCAAUGCCACCAACUCCAGCUACUCGCCUCCCACUGGCCGGGCCUUUGUGGGCAGUGACAGCGGCAGCAGCUCCACCGGGGAUGCAGCUCGCCAGGGGGUAUACGAGAACUUUCGGCGGGAGCUGGAGAUGAGCACGGCCAACAGUGAGAGCCUGGAGGAGGCGGGCUCAGCACACAGCGACGAGCAGAGCAGUGGUACCCUGAGCUCUCCGGGCCAAUCGGACAUCCUGCUGACUGCCGCGCAGGGCACGGUGCGCAAGGCUGGGGCACUGGCCGUCAAGAACUUCCUGGUGCACAAGAAGAAUAAGAAGGUGGAGUCGGCCACCCGCCGGAAGUGGAAGCACUACUGGGUGUCACUUAAAGGGUGCACGCUCUUUUUCUACGAGAGUGACGGCAGAUCUGGAAUAGACCACAACAGCAUCCCCAAGCAUGCCGUGUGGGUGGAGAACAGCAUUGUGCAGGCUGUGCCUGAGCACCCCAAGAAGGACUUUGUCUUCUGCCUCAGCAACUCCUUGGGUGAUGCCUUCCUGUUCCAGACCACCAGCCAAACAGAGCUUGAAAACUGGAUCACCGCCAUCCACUCGGCCUGCGCAGCUGCCGUGGCCCGACACCACCACAAAGAAGACACGCUCCGGCUGCUCAAGUCAGAAAUCAAAAAACUGGAACAGAAGAUCGACAUGGAUGAGAAGAUGAAGAAAAUGGGCGAAAUGCAGCUGUCUUCUGUCACUGACUCGAAGAAGAAGAAAACUAUAUUAGAUCAGAUUUUUGUUUGGGAGCAAAAUCUCGAACAGUUCCAAAUGGACCUAUUUCGUUUCCGCUGUUAUUUAGCGAGCCUGCAGGGUGGGGAGCUACCAAACCCCAAAAGGCUGCUCGCAUUUGCAAGCCGACCGACGAAAGUGGCCAUGGGCCGCCUUGGAAUAUUUUCCGUAUCUUCUUUUCAUGCCCUGGUGGCAGCACGCACUGGUGAAACUGGAGUGAGACGACGUACUCAGGCCAUGUCCAGAUCUGCAAGCAAGCGAAGGAGCAGGUUUUCUUCUCUUUGGGGUCUGGACACUACCUCCAAAAAGAAGCAGGGACGCCCAAGCAUCAAUCAGGUGUUUGGAGAGGGAACUGACGCUGUAAAGAAAUCUUUAGAGGGAAUAUUUGAUGACACUGUUCCAGAUGGCAAGAGGGAGAAAGAAGUGGUCUUACCUAGUGUCCACCAGCACAAUCCUGACUGCGACAUUUGGGUCCACGAGUAUUUCUCUCCAUCCUGGUUCUGUCUGCCCAAUAACCAGCCAGCUCUGACAGUGGUCCGGCCAGGAGACACCGCACGGGACACUCUGGAACUGAUUUGCAAGACACAUCAGCUGGAUCAUUCUGCUCAUUACCUGCGUCUGAAAUUCCUAAUAGAAAACAAGGUGCAGCUCUACGUUCCGCAGCCCGAGGAGGACAUCUAUGAGCUGCUGUACAAGGAAAUUGAAAUUUGUCCAAAAGUCACUCAGAACAUCCAGAUUGAGAAGUCAGAUACGACGGCUGACAAUUACGGGUUUUCACUUUCUUCUGUGGAGGAAGAUGGUGUUCGAAGGCUGUAUGUGAACAGUGUGAAGGAAACUGGUUUAGCUUCCAAGAAAGGCCUGAAAGCCGGAGAUGAGAUUCUCGAGAUCAAUAAUCGUGCUGCUGGGACCUUGAACUCAUCUAUGCUCAAAGGUUUCCUCUCACAGCCCUCCCUGGGCCUCCUGGUGAGGACCUACCCGGAGCUGGAGGGAGGAGCAGAGCUGCUGGAGAGCCCCCCGCACCGGGUGGACGGCCUUGCAGACCUCAGUGAGAGCCCCCUCGCCUUCCUCACCAGCAACCCAGGACACAGGUUCUGCAGCGAGCAAGGCAGCAGUGGAGAGACUGCUCCGGAGGAGACGGAAGGGCCGGACGCGGAAUCCUCCGAUGAGAUUGAUCACAGUGGCAAGAGUACAGAACAGGUGGCCGCCUUCUGCCGCAGUUUGCACGAGAUGAACCCCUCUGACUCCAGCCCGUCUCCUCAGGACUGCUCAGGGCCGCAGAUGGCAACCAUGAGACAGCUGUCGGACGCGGAUAAGCUGCGCAAGGUGAUCUGCGAGCUCCUGGAGACGGAGCGCACCUACGUGAAGGACUUAAACUGUCUCAUGGAGAGAUACCUGAAACCUCUUCAAAAGGAAACUUUCCUCACCCAAGAUGAGCUGGAUGUACUCUUUGGAAAUUUAACUGAAAUGGUAGAGUUUCAAGUAGAAUUCCUUAAAACGCUAGAAGAUGGCGUGAGACUGGUCCCUGAUUUGGAAAAGCUUGAGAAAGUCGACCAGUUUAAGAAAGUGCUGUUCUCCCUGGGGGGAUCCUUUCUGUAUUAUGCUGACCGCUUCAAGCUCUACAGUGCCUUCUGCGCCAGCCACACAAAAGUCCCCAAAGUCUUGGUGAAAGCCAAGACUGACACGGCUUUCAAGGCAUUCCUGGAUGCCCAGAACCCCAGGCAGCAGCACUCAUCCACACUGGAGUCUUACCUCAUCAAACCCAUCCAGAGGAUCCUCAAGUACCCACUUCUGCUCAAGGAGCUGUUCGCGCUGACCGACGCUGAGAGUGAGGAGCACUACCACCUGGACGUGGCCAUCAAGACCAUGAACAAGGUUGCCAGCCACAUCAAUGAAAUGCAGAAAAUCCACGAAGAGUUUGGGGCUGUGUUUGACCAGCUGAUCGCUGAACAGACUGGGGAGAAGAAAGAGGUUGCAGAUCUGAGCAUGGGGGACCUGCUUUUACACACCACUGUGAUCUGGCUGAACCCACCGGCCUCCCUGGGGAAGUGGAAAAAGGAGCCAGAAUUGGCAGCCUUUGUCUUCAAAACAGCUGUGGUCCUUGUGUAUAAAGAUGGUUCCAAACAGAAGAAGAAGCUGGUAGGAUCUCACAGGCUUUCCAUUUAUGAGGAGUGGGACCCCUUCCGAUUUCGACACAUGAUUCCCACCGAAGCUCUGCAGGUUCGAGCUUUGGCAAGUGCAGAUGCAGAAGCAAAUGCCGUGUGUGAAAUUGUCCAUGUGAAAUCGGAGUCUGAAGGGAGACCAGAGAGGGUCUUCCACCUGUGCUGCAGCUCCCCAGAGAGCCGGAAGGAUUUCCUGAAGGCUGUGCAUUCGAUUCUGCGUGAUAAGCACAGACGACAGCUGCUCAAAACCGAAAGCCUCCCCUCCUCCCAGCAAUAUGUCCCCUUUGGAGGAAAGAGAUUGUGUGCGCUGAAGGGGGCCAGGCCAGCCAUGAGCAGGGCAGUGUCUGCCCCAAGCAAGUCUCUUGGGAGGAGGCGGCGGCGACUGGCUCGAAACAGGUUUACCAUUGAUUCCGAUGCUGUCUCGGCAAGCAGCCCGGAGAAAGAGUCCCAGCAGCCCCCCGGCGGCAGCGGGGACACUGACCGAUGGGUAGAGGAGCAGUUUGACCUUGCUCAGUAUGAGGAGCAGGAUGACAUCAAGGAGACAGACAUCCUGAGUGACGAUGAUGAGUUCUGUGAGUCGGUGAAGGGCGCCUCAGUGGACGGAGACCUGCAGGAGCGGCUUCAGGCUGCCUCCAUCAGUCAGCGGGAGAGAGGCCGGAGAACACUGGACAGCCACGCGUCCCGCAUGGCGCAGCUCAAGAAGCAAGCUGCGCUCUCGGGUGGCAGUGGCGGGCUGGAGAGCGCCAGCGACGAGGUCAUUUGGGUUAGGCGUGAAGAUUUUGCCCCCUCCAGGAAACUGAACACUGAGAUCUGACGGCCGCCUGCCCCUAGAGAACCUGUGUAGAUACUUCUCCCGCCCGCCCUCUGCCUGUCCUCCUGUUCCGUCGGCCAGGAUGUCCCCUUAGGUCGCACUCUUGCACACACGGUUUUGGCAGCUGACUUGGUUCUGAAGCCAUGUAGCCACCCAACUUCGUCAUUUCAAAAAACGACAUCAGAAAGAAUUGUCCAGAAUCUCACAUAAGCUUGAGUCCUGCCGUCUGAAUAUCGCUAAGGGCUUUUAUUUAUUCUCAAUGAAUCAGGGCCUGAAGAACAAAAAGAUAACAGAUUCUAUAGCACCAGAAAGCAUCUCACCCCCAGGAGUUGAAGUACGUACAACAGGAAUCCUUUAAGGGAUAGUCUCACACACACACACACACACACGCAGAUAAUAGUAAUGAUCGCCCUAUGGGAAAUCAGCCUCUUAGUCCAGAAGCCACUUCCAAACAGAAAAUGAAACACAACAGAACGUCUGUACAGCUUGCAGGGUUCAGAUUCCCUUCCCUCUUCGAUGUCUGAGAAUAUCCGUGUAUUUUAAGAAUGUGUGCUGAGAGGGUGGCCAUUUCUGUUUUGAUGAGCCUUGUUUUUUGUUUUUUGUGUUUUUUUUUUUUUUCCUGUUUUGGUCUAUGGCUGGUCUUAAUCUAUGUCAGUGUUUGGAAGCUCUAAUUUUGCAUAGAAUUAUACAGAUGCCAAACUCUUUGAAAAGAGAUCCAAAUUUAUCAUUUGAGAGAGAGAGAAAGAGAGAGAGAGAAAGAAACACUAUUUUUUGUAUUUUUACCUGAGAUGCAGGGGCACAAAUAGAUGAGAAUUUUACAGUGUUAGUGUAAUUCUGAGUCUAAAAAAAUGAGGAUAUAAUCUUUUACAGAAAGAGUGAGGUGUGGUGAUAUUAUAUUUAUAUAUGAAAGGCCAAUAAGAAACUCAUGGUAAGGAUAUACUUCUUUUUUACGAAGCAGUUUUUUUUUUAAUGUUUAAACCUGCAUUUGAGAUGGGAGUUUGGUUGGAUUGAGCAUAACACUCGAGUGGGCAGUGCGUGAGCCUGUUGCACAUGACGGGAGGGAGCCUUGUUUUCAUGGGGUUGCCAUGGUGACCAUUGGUUUUCCCAGCAGACCUGCAUCUCCAUCCAUAGAUGACCUACUCCUUUCCUGACCUCCGCCACCAAACCUCCUAACACAGCAACCUCCUCAGACACAUCUCUUGUGUUUAACGCUUUCUUCAUGCCAACGAAACAGGGUAAACAUGCGAAUAAAUUACCUUCUAAACAGAUAUCCAAAUAGGGAGAACAAAAACAAGUUCUAGCACUUUCAAAUUUUUUUUAAAAGGUUUAUAGCUUUCCUCCCCACCCAUUUCACAAUGCCCACUUCCUAAGAAGGGUUUAAAUACUAUGAAAAUUUUCUUUUUUGGGGAAAUUAUCUAUUUGGUGUUUGACACAUCAGUAGGUACUUUAAAGACCUGAAUUUUAUAGUAGCUUUAGGAGUUAUAUUUUAUAAAAAUCAGUUAUGACUUUAUAUUUCCAGACAAUAGAGAGUUCAGAACAUCACGCUCUGUGCCCCUGCUUGCUUUUCCCGCUCUCCCACCCUAUAUCCCUUCCCUUUUGGGUUUCCAGGGCUUUGAGCUUGAUCUUUUGAAAGUUUUAUUCUAUUAAAUUUUUGCUAUAUAUCUUCUGGUUUUCUUAAAGAGCUUUAGAAUGGUUUCUAUACCCUUUGUAUCACUGCAUUGUUCCAUAUUUCAUCUCCGGUUCGAUUGUGUCCAGAUGGAAAACUGAAGCAGAGGCUUCCAGUUGUCGCAUUUACUGGUCCCUGUGCAACGCGUCCAUAUGAAAAUACUGGAAAGUCUGGUGCUUGGAAGAGGGUGCCAUUGUCUCUUGUACAUAAGGUCAUGACGUGUCUAUGUCAAAAGUUCUUAUAUAUUUCUUUUAUAAGCUGAAAGAAGGUCUAUUUUUAUGUUUUUAGGUCUAUGAAUGGAACGUUGUAAAUGCCUGUCAAACAAUAAAACUAUUGAAAAGUA